UCUUCUCGGAAAUGUUCAUCAUGCUUGCCGUAAUGGCAACAAUGCCCUAUAUAAGGCCUUAGAGGUGGUCCAAAAUGAAAAUAGACGCUUAAUGUGGUUGGUAGCCUCUCAAAGAAGAAGAAUUCAAAGUUUGGAGACAGAGUUAGAAGAGUUGAGGGCAAAUGCAGUCACAAGGGUGCAAGAUAGGUGGAUGUUGGAGCAACGGUAUACUUGGUUAUUGAAAGAAAGAAAUAGGUUGAGGGCAAGGUUAGCAAAUGAUGAGGAGGAAUUAAGAAGGUUAAGAGUGGAGGAAAGAAGAAGGGAAGGAAAUAAUAAUAAUAGGAAUAGAAUAUCAGGUUUUGGUUUUUAA